AUUUAAUCUCUUAAUAUCAUUUUGAGUUUCACUCCAUUUUCUCUUCACCAAUCAUUUGUACAUCUAAGACCUAAUUAUAUUACACAAAUUAACUCCAGACUCCACAACCACCACCAUGGUUCAACAUCGCUUCAUCAUGAUAGCAUUUCCAGCUCAAGGCCACAUCAAUCCCGCCCUCCAAUUGGCCAAGUGCCUCAUCCGCACCACCGGCGCUCAUGUCACGUUUGUCACCGCUGUCUCUGCCCUCCGCCGCAUGGCCAACGGUUCAACUACUCCUAGUGGCUUGACCUUUUCUCCCUUCUCUGACGGGUACGACGAUGGGGUGAAGCCUGAAGAUGAUAAGCAGCAUGUCCUUAAUGAGCUAAAGCAUGGAAGCUCGCAAGCGAUUGUGGGUCUAGUCCAUUCUGGUGCGAACGAGGGCCGCCCUUACACUUGCAUAGUGUACACUUUACUUCUCUCUUGGGUCGCAGAAGUGGCCACUGAGCUUCACCUCCCGACCGCUCUCGCUUGGAUUCAGCCGGCCACAGUGUUCGACAUAUACUACUAUUACUUCAACGGCUACAAAGAUCUAAUCAAGAACAAUACCGGUGCCGAUAACAAUGACCCUUCCUUUGCUCUAGAGCUACCAGGAUUACCUCUAUUGUUCAAGAGCCGCGACCUUCCCUCCUUCAUUCUAGCUUCGAGUCCUAUCAUACAUCGUUUGGUUAUCCAAAUGUUCGAAGAUCAGUUCGAGGACCUUGGAAAACUAAGCAAGCCAAUCAUACUGGUGAACACAUUUGAUGCACUAGAACCCGGGGCCUUAAAAGCAAUCGACAAGUACAACUUGAUUGGAGUCGGCCCUUUGAUGCCGUCUGCUUUCUUGGACGACAAGAAUUCAUCUGAUAAAUCUUUCGGAUGCGAUAUUUUCCAGAAAGCAAAAGAAUCCUCCUACAUGGAAUGGCUGAAUUCGAAGCCUGAACAGUCGGUAGUUUAUGUCUCGUUUGGAUCCAUUUCCGUGCUAUCCAAGAAUCAAAUGGAGGAACUUGCAAAAGGGUUGCUGGAUUGUGGACGUCCGUUUCUGUGGGUGAUUAGAGAGAACCAAAAGAAGGGAGAAGGUAAGGAAGAAAAAGAAGAAGAAGAGGAACUGAGUUGUAGAGCGGAACUAGAAGAGCUUGGGAUGAUAGUCCCGUGGUGUAGUCAGGUGGAGGUUCUUUCAAAUCCUUCAUUAGGGUGUUUUGUUACACAUUGCGGCUGGAAUUCAACCUUGGAGAGUUUGGUUUGCGGGGUUCCGGUGGUGGCGUUUCCUCAGUGGUCAGACCAAGGCACAAAUGCCAAGUUGAUAGAGGACUCGUGGAAGACAGGAGUGAGGGUGGAACGGAAUGAGGAGGGUGUUGUUGUGGGUGAGGAAAUUAAGAGGUGCCUGGAUUUGGUGAUGGAAAGUGAUAAGAUGAGGAGGAACGCUAAGAAAUGGAAGGAUCUGGCAAGAGAGGCUGUGAGUGAAGGUGGUUCAUCUCACAAAAAUCUGAAGGCAUUUCUGGAGGAGAUUGAAGAACGCUUACGCUAGAAGAACUAGGUUAUGAUCGAGCUUGACUGCUUGGGGAAACAAAAUGGUUGCUUAACCUUUAUUUUUUUUGUCUUUCUUUUGUUGCAUUAUCCUACUUCAUGUAUUCCUUGCUUUGUGACAUUAAGUCAUAACAUGAUAAACAAAUUCCAACAUUAAAAAAUACAUC